AUGGCGUCCCUCGCGGCAGCAUGCCGGGCCACUGCCCGUCUCACCUCGUCGUCUCGCGCCGCAACCCGCAACCUCUCGACGACGACCCGCGCCCUCGCCGCCCACAAUUUCACCAUGCCUGCCCUCUCGCCCACCAUGACGGAAGGCAACAUUGCUUCCUGGAACGUGAAGGAGGGCGACACAUUCAGCGCAGGCGACGUUCUUCUCGAGAUUGAGACCGACAAGGCGACCAUGGAUGUCGAGGCCCAGGACGAUGGGAUCAUGAUGAAGAUUAUGAGCCAGAGCGGAAGCAAGGCCGUGCAAGUGGGCUCGAGGAUCGCCGUCGUCGCGGAGAGUGGGGACGACAUCUCGAGCCUCGAGAUCCCUGCAGACGAGAGCCCCAAGCAGCAGCAAUCCUCUUCAUCAUCGUCCUCUGCGCCUGAGGAGCAGGAGGUCAAGCGGGACCAGGAGAACCGGGAGCCGCAGAGGGUCGCCAAGGAUGGUGAGGCACAUGUCGUGCGGUACCCCUUGCUACCCUCUGUUGGUCAUCUUGUCAAGCAAAAGGGCCUUGGAGACGAGGACCUCAGCAAGAUCAAGCCUACAGGGCCCGGCGGCCGUCUACUCAAGGGUGAUGUUCUCGCCUACAUUGGCAGCAUCGGCAGCGAAUCCCCCGCCACACAGUCCAGCCGCUUCGACAAGCUGGCCCAUCUCGAUCUCAGCAACAUCAAGGUGGCCGAGAAGAAGGCGGCCCCCGCCGCGCCCAAGGAAGAGAAGGUUGCCCCGCAAGCGCCCGUCAUCGAGAGCCUGGAACUCAGCAUCCCCGUCUCACUGGCCAAGGUUGUCGAGGUGCAGAACAAGAUCAACGACACGCUGGGCGUCUUCCUGCCCCUUUCGACCUUUAUCAACCGGGCGGCCGACAUGGCCAACGACGAGCUGCCUGCUGCCAAGCGCACGCCUACGGCCGAUGAGCUAUUCGACCAAGUCCUCGGCCUCGACAAGGUGAAGGCCGCCAAGGGUUCGCGCGGUGUCUACCUUCCACAGAUCUCCGCCAUCCCCCCUCCCUCCGUCUUCCCACCGGCCGCCGCCCGUCCUGCCAAGAAGGCGGACAUCUUUGACGUUCUGUCCUCCAAGCCCACCAAGAGGGCCUCGCCCUCCUCGAUAGCCACAGUCCCUGGAUUCUCCAGCGGCACUAAUGUGUUUAGCCUGGUGGUGCCCAAGACGGAGGAGAAGAGGGCACAGCUUUUCUUGGAGCGCUGCAAGUUGAUCUUGGAGAGCGAGCCCGGGCGGCUCGUGCUUUGA